AUGAAUAAACAGGGUAGUAGCAGUGCACUAACUGCCUCACCAGAAGAGUCUGAUGGCUCUAGAUUUAAAGUUGGAAAGAGUGAAAUGACUGGUAAAAGACCGACAAUGGAGGAUAGAAUGGUAGCAUAUGGAAAUUUUAGAAAUAAUCCAAAUUCAGAAUUAUAUUGCAUUUUCGACGGACAUGGAGGACGUGCUGCUUCAGAUUUUGCAGCAGAUAAUAUCUAUAAAAUAUUUGCAGAGUUUUUAGAUGCAAACAAUACACCAGAAGAAUCAUUCACAAAAGCAUAUAAAAGUAUCAAUACACAGAUUUCACCUUGGCCGUUCAUUGGUACCACAGCAGCUUCUGUAUAUAUAUGUGAAAAUAAAGUUUAUAUAGCAAAUGUAGGUGAUUCAAGAGUAGUUUUAGGUAAAAUUAUAGGUUCCGAUAGUAGUGGUAAUAGCGGUGGUGGUGGAGGAGGAAGUGCUGAAGGCGGAGGUGAUGAACAACAGCAACUACAACAACAACAACAACAACAACCACAACCACAACAACAACAAAAAAAAACUACAGCAGAAAGAUUAACAUUUGAUCACAGACCUGUCGAAGAGUCUGAACGUUUACGAAUUACAGAAGCAGGCGGUACAGUUUUAAAUGGACGUGUCAAUGGAAUGUUGGCAGUAUCAAGAGCUUUAGGUGACUCUUUCCUCACUCCUUAUGUCAUUCCAGAUCCUCAUCUAUCUUCAUUUACAAUUUCAAAAGAUGAUAAAUUUUUAAUUUUAGCUUGCGAUGGUGUUUGGGAUUUGAUAUCAGAUGAAGAAGCAGUUGAAACUAUUGCAGGAAUUUCAGAUCCAAAUAAAGCUGCAGAAACAUUAAGAGAUUUGGCUUACAAUUCUGGAAGUACUGAUAAUAUCUCUGUGUGUGUGGUAAAAUUAAGUGAUUAUUAA